GUGCGCACCCUGCAGGAGUCCAGCACCACGGCGGUCACGUACUCCGGAGAGGGCUCGCGCCCCAGCUGGGAGCUGGUUGGUCGCGGGAUCGGGCCACGUGGUCAGGAGCAGAUAAGGGGCCUCUUGGAAGCCGCACCCGCAAUCCACUGGAGCUACUGCCCAGCUGGGACAGCUGGGAGCGGGGCGCGAACUUGCACAGGCAGCCAGUGCCGAUCUCUCGGUCCGACGCCGCUUCUCUGCCUGAUGAGCUGCACCAGAAUGAUCCAGGUUUUAGAUCCACGGCCUUUGACAAGUUCAGUCGUGCCAGUGGAUGUGGCCAUGAGGCUCUGCUUGGCUCAUUCCCCACCUCUGAAGAAUUUCCUGGGGCCAUAUGAUGACCUCCAACGAAGAAAUUUUGUCAACAAAUUAAAGCCCCUGAAACCGUGUCUCAAUAUAAAACAGGAAGCCAAAUCACAGAAUGACUGGAAGAGUCCACACAACCAGGCCAAGAAACGGGUUGUGUUUGCAGAUUCCAAGGGCCUCUCCCUCACCGCCAUCCAUGUCUUCUCUGACCUCCCAGAAGAACCAGCGUGGGACCUCCAGUUUGAUCUCUUGGACCUUAAUGAUCUGUCCUCUGGUUUGAAGCUCCAUGAGGAGAAAAACUUGAUCUUAGACUUCCCUCAGCCUUCAAUCGAUUACUUGAGUUUUCGGAACCACUUCCAGAAGAAUUUUGUGUGUCUGGAGAACUGCUCCCUUCAGGAGCGAACAGUGACUGGGACUGUGAAGGUAAAAAAUGUGAGCUUCGAGAAGAAGGUCCAGAUCCGUAUUACUUUUGAUACUUGGAAAAACUACACCAAUGUGGACUGUGUCUACAUGAAAAAUGUGUAUGGUGGCUCAGAUAGUGACACCUUCUCGUUUGCCAUUGACUUACCCUCUGUCAUUCCAACUGAGGAAAAAAUUGAGUUCUGCAUUUCUUACCAGGCUAACGGGCAGGUCUUCUGGGACAACAAUGAGGGUCAGAAUUAUAGAAUUGUUCAUGUGCAAUGGAAACCUGAUGGCGUUCAGACACAGAUGGCAUCCCAGAACUGUGCCUUCUACCAGGUGCCCCCCAAGACUGAGUUAGAGUCAACAAUCUUUGGCAGUCCGAGGCUGGCCAGUGGGUUCUUCCCAGAAUGGCAGAGCUGGGGGAGAAUGGAGAACUUGGCCUCUUAUCGAUGAAUUAAGCAACCUAGUAAAUGGUGUGGACCUGUCAUAUUCCCCAUGUACUUCUAGGUCUAUAAUAUAAUGCUCAAUAUUAGGAAGUCUUUGCUACUUUCCUUCAGUAGGUUUAGGUUUGAGCUUUGAGACCUGGCUACAAAAAAAAGAUAGCCACUUGGAGAAUUUAGUGUUGGGGUCUAUAUGGAUGAUGCUGUCCAGUUUUGCUGUGGAGGAUCAAGUAAUAGCCUGGAAUCCCAUUUUUAUCAAAGCAAUACUUUUUCAAUGCCAUUUCUCCUUCCCUCUCAAUUCACUAGCUUUCACAUUGGGCAAGGAAAGGUUGAAGAAGGACAGUUGAUGGUGAAGGAAAGCUGUGUUAAUGGUAUGAGGAACGUCUGGUAAGGUGUUCACAAAGGACUCUUUGCUCGAGUCAGAGUAGGAGUGGGAGGUCUGAUACUUAACUGUUGGCGAGAAAUGUAAGAUUAUUUUGUGUUUUUAAGUUGGUUCUACAGUUCUCUCCUGGGGAAGUCAUUUGUAGAAGGGAGAAAAAGAUCCAGUCUAUGUGUUUUUGUGGAGAAGAACCAAACAAGCUUUAGAGGCGUUGGGAGGUAUUGAAGAAAGGUGAAUUAUAACUCUGGAGAAUCAAGAUUUUAAGUGAAGCCUUUCUAUUCAGACAUGAUUGAUCAAAAACCAUGAUUUGGGGAAGUUUAGGCAAAUCUGGUUUUGCAGUUGUAAUGUUAUAAGUGACCUUGUUUGUGAUCAAGGCAUCAUGCUUGGGUUCUCAGUAGAGAAUGCUGCUUAACCAAAAAACCAUGCCAUCACCAGUGGCUAACAACUUGUAGGGACUCUGUCAUGUCAAAGGUAGCUCUUUACAAGUGCCUUGAUUAAACCAGAAUAUUGUAGUUGCUUAACCCAAAUAUCUGAAGGGUCAUCCGAUAACUCACGAGUGCUUGGCCUCAUAAAAAGGCCCACUCUGUAUACUGGCAUUCCUCCUGCAAUGCUGUUGUGUCUUCGAGAGUGUUGUCAGUGUAUACAACUCACAUCCUUCAUAUUGAAGGUGACUUACGUUUCCACUACACUUUUUCAAUGUGAUGUUGGAAGUGAGGACUGACACUGAUUCUCAAUUCAAGAAUCCAGUACCUUGCACAUAAAAGUAGCAUUCUUUUUCUUGCCUGUAUUCGUCUUGUUGUUUUAAGUCUUUGUACCAAUUUCUUUGAAGUCAAAAUAUAUUUUUUAAGUGAAUGUGAAUUGUUUUGGAUGUGUUGUAAUAUAUUUGCUUAGAGGUAUGCAUAAAUACAUCCUGUAAGAUCUCAAGGACAGUAGUCCCUAAAUGUUUGCUUCCAUCACUUGUGCAUGUCCAUUGCGAGGUGUUCAGAGAAUGUAGUUAAUUUUAACACGUGUGAUCUGCCAUGCAAAGUGCUAUUGGAAUAACUCUGCUGUGACAGUAUUUGAAGUUUGGUUAGCACCCACAAUUUUUUCUACUCUACAUGUUUCACUCUACUAUAGCUAUCUUAGUGAACUUCUCACUUUAAGAAUAAAAGUAUUUGGUAUAAGAUCAAA